UUCUAAAAUCAUUAAAAAUGUAUUUAUAUUUAAACAGGUACAAUAUACAGAAUUGUUUAGUGUUUAAUAUUUCGUGCAAGUGUUUUCAUUAAAUUUUCUUCAAAAUGUCGAAUAUUUGCUUUUUGGUUUUAGCUUCGUUGCUUUGCUAUGUACAAUGUCUGCCUCUUGAAUCAAGCAGCAAGUCAGCUUCAAAGGAUUCUCUUCAUCUAUUCGUGAACAAUUCAACGAAAUCAACUAACUAUCACCUUACAUCAGUUAUGGAUGAACUCGAAGAUAUAGAUGAUGAAAUCGCUAGAGAACUGGAUUCUAUAUUACCUUAUAUUAAUUUCCUGUUCGAUACACUACUGGGACGUCCUAAUGAUGAAGAAGAUGAUGAUCGUUGUAUGAAUGACGUAAUUAUUCAACUUGUAGCAGAUAAGGAAUCUACAACAGAGGGUCAAGACAAAGCCACUGAACCUGCUGCUACAGCCGAAUAAUAAUUAUAAAAUUUAACCUUAAAUUGAUAUAAUAAUAAUAAAUAGAAUAUUUCAGAAUCAUAAAUUGGUGUUUGCAUAAAUAAUAUUUUGACAUGUAUUAACAUAUAAAAAAAACUAUGUACUAAAACCUUUAAAAUUAAAUAAAAAAUUGUAAAAGUUA